AUGUGAGUGAAAAAGAUCUAGGGAACCAUUUUGCCACCCCUCCAAGUAUCGUUGACAUAGUAUAAAAGACAGUGGUAGGCAUUGUGAAUCUUCAGAACUUGAAGUGUCUUAGAAAAAUAAAACCGUCGAGUCUCAUUUAAAGGAAACAAAAGGAAAAGUUUAUUUCGUUUCUUUGUUCUGUUCGGCCAAUUCAAAAAUGGAUAUCGUGAUCAAAAAGGUUGCUAUUGCCAUGGCAAUGAUGAUGCUGCUCACUGUGGCUCCUGGUGCUUGCGAACCGGCCUUGAGCAACCAGUAUGGAGUUCCGGGUGUUUCCGGAAACUUUGGAAACGGUCAUCACGGUGGUGGUAGUAGUGGUAGUAGUGGUAGUGCUGGUGUUACAAACAGCUACGGUGCCCCAGUUGGUACCGGAUAUGACACCAACCAAGACUACAUAGACAGCCAGCCCAAAUCCUACGAAUUUGGAUACGCCGUCAAAGAUUCGGCAACCGGAAAUGAUUUUGGGAGACAGGAAACUAGCGAUGGUGAGACUGUGCGAGGAGAAUAUCGGGUACAAUUGCCAGAUGGCAGAACGCAAAUAGUUACUUACACUGCUGAUUGGAGAACGGGCUUUCAUGCUGACGUAAGGUACGAGGGUGUCGCCACCUAUCCGGAGCAAUACAAUACUAAUAAUGGAUACAAUAAUGGAUAUAACAAUGGAUACAAUAAUGGUGGUUCGAACGGAUAUGAUAAUCAAGGGAACAGUAUCGAUUCUGGAUACACUGGAGGCCAUUCUGCAAAUUACAAUGCAAAUUACAACAAUUAUCAUUCCAACAAUGGCGGUUAUAAUUAUAAUGGGAAUAAUAAUCAGUAUCAACAGUACGCCACAAAUUCCCUAGGAAAUAACAAUCAGGGUUACAAUAAUGGCUUCGGAUCGUUUGGCGCGAAAACGCCCUCAAGCAGUUACGGAACGCCGAAUUUCCAUAGGAAAUAAAUUAUCUCUUUCGGGCAAGAAAAAGAGAAAAGAGAAACAAGAGAAAUAGGAAUAAAUAACGAAAAUGAAGAAUGUGGGAAAAAUGGAAAUUUCGACGACUCGUAAAUCGACUCGCUUGGAAAUUUCUAGAAAGAAACAGGAAAAUACAUUAAUAUUAUUGGAUUUUAUUAAACACGAAAUAUCCCUAGAUAUCAAAACUGAGUGAAUAAACUCUUCUCUUUCUGUUGUGAAGAUAUUUAAUUUUUAGUAACUUUAUACAAAAUUCAAACUGCACGUCAAAUGCGAACAUUCAACUUCACUUUGGAUUUUAAAUUAAGAAACAAUAUUUUUUUAACAAUUAUUCCUCUAUUAAUCUCAACUACACGUUGAAGGAAAAAGGAAAGGAAGGAUUGAAGGAAAGAUUUAAUUAAAACUUCAAGAAGGGUCAACUGCAGUUGCAUUUUUCAUUUAGUGGAUAACAAAAAUAGUAAUACAAAAAUUUCUUAGAAUUCUCUUGAAAAAUCCAACAAUACGUGAUGGAGAAAAAUGUUGAUAUGCCGUGAUUCCUCUAUUUUUUGUUGAAAAUAAAACACAAGCCAGAAAGAGAAUCGAAUAUUAUUUAUGUAAUUUCACUAGCCGAGCAUUGCUGAAUAGUCUGCGGGCUAUUAUCGGCAAGUAUUAAUUAAUUAUAAAUAAUUAUAACGAUAGAAUAUACCAUUUUGUAUCUAUUUUUCAAAUAAAAUAAAA